AUGGCAUUGAUUAUGGCCGAAGCAGUGACGGAGCUCCAGUUCAAGGGUCGGCAGAGCGCGGCCAUCAGUGACAGUGUCGUUGUGAGCAUGAAUAUGACCAAUGCCAUGAUCAACGUCAUUGAGAGCCUCGAGUCCCAGGCUUCGGAAGAGAUCCAGGCAGCGAGAACCAAGAUCACUCUGGCGAUCUGGAAAAGAUGGCUUACUGCUCUGCGGCGGUGGUGGAUUCAUGUGGACGAGGCAGAAUUGAAUCAAUCCGAGGAAAAUGCCAACUCUGUUCCUUUGACGACGCCAAACAUGAAGCCACUUUGCCAGCUUCUUCCGGUGGAGGUUGUGCAUCAAGACGUCAUUGUCAUCAGUUCCCCGGACAAGCUCAAACAACUGGCACUCUCUGACCUGUUGCGAUUCCAUGACCGAGUCGCGAAGGAAUCACUCCAUGAAACGUCCGACGCGGGCAGAGGCCUCAUAUCUGAGGACGGAAUGAUGGACGUCGGCCACCUCCGGGUUCUUUUCGCGCAGAGAUUCGGGCAUGUCGCUCUGACGGGCCAGUUCCAAACCGUCGAAGUUGAGGAUGGAAACUCUCGGGCCGCCCAUUUCCAAGCUCGCAGCGCAGUUCACUGA